UUGAGGUUCGCAUUGUUGGUUGGUGCGUGGUCCCGUGCGGUCGUGUCUUGGACCCUUUCUUGGCCUACUACGACGGUCGAUUGAUCGAGCGCGCGCGCAUUUUUUUCUCCCGAGUGUUCUACCGCGGCGCGUUGUACUACUUGUUGAGGAUAGUGUGUGGCCUACUGGGGUGACUUUUCGGACUUUUGGAAACUUUUCCAAGUUCAACGUGCUCUAGGAUUCUUUUUUUGGCGCGCGCUCUCUCGCGUGUUUGCGUGCGUCAGUCAGUGUGUGACGACAGUGACUGUGAAGCGUUGGCGUGAGGAUUUUUCGCAAGCUUUGGGAAGGAAAACUUUUCCCCCGGUGUUGAGGGAGUUCGUGCGUGGGGAUUAAAAACCCGGCGAAAUUGGCGCACAGCUGCGGUGGAACCCAGAACCGAUGCCGGUGCUAGUGGCGUGUUCUCACGAAGAAACGACGGAAUUUCCAUGAUUCAUGCCGGCAGAAUUGCGUUCGGUCGACAAAUGCGUUUUUCGCGGUUUUUAUUUUCUGUGAAUGUUUAAUUUGAUUUUUGCACGUGUCAAUUCGCUCACCGGCGCAAAUAUCGCCGAAAGUGGUCAACCGGAAUAAAAGUACCCAAACUUGGUUGGUUUUCAUUCAGCGUGUGUGCGUUUUUUUUCUCUCUUUCUCCUCAAAAAAAAUAUAUAUUUCUGUUUGUUAAAAAUAUGAGUGCCAAUCGAAGAGCCGGAAUGUGUCCCACGUGGUGGCCAACCGUUGCGCUGGCGCUUGUGGUCGUGGCCGGGUGUGUGCCCGGUGCCCUCGGUGGGUCCUGCCGGGAGGCGGCCCUGUGCUGCAACGGGCGCGAUUCGUCCUGCGUGGUGCAAAAAGCGCCACUGAACGCGAUUAUCGAGGAUUUGAACGAUAAGCCGUGCUACUGCGAUCACGCGUGCUUGCGGCUCGGCGAUUGCUGCGACGAUUUCAAGGCACACUGUGGUGUGAUCGACUGCCUCGUGAGCGAGUGGGGCCCGUGGAGCGAGUGUGACACGACGUGCGGAACCGGCAUGAUGUCCCGGACUCGAAUUAUCGAACAGAAACCACAAAACGGUGGCAAACACUGCCCGUCGCUGGUGCAGAAGCGGGGCUGCCAGGGCCUCAAGUGCCACAACCACCACGACCGGAAGGUGCUGCGAGAAACGGCCCUCCUGCUGCCCGCCAAUCUGUCCAAGAGCCGUCACGAGAACGACACCAGCGACAUCCGCCGGAACCUGAGGCUGCGCUACAAAAACGCAUUCAAACACAACCGAGGAAACGAGUACUGCAUAGAGUAUGAAGUAAUUAAGGCCACCAAGGCUUGCCACCGGGACAAAACGUACAGCGCGCUGGCCGAGGGAGACCGUGUCGUGGUGCGGUGUGACCUGGAGGCCCUGCACGAGGACACGUCGGCCACCGGAGCGACGACGGCCACCGAAAUCUCCAACAACUCCAUCCAGGACGACGACGGCAACGCCGAGGGGGAACCGCACCACAAGCACGAGCGAAAGCCCAAAUUCCGGUGCCGCGGGGAGGGUCUGACCGGUCGGAGCACCCGGUUCACCAGUCUGGCGCUGCCGUCCUGCCGUGGCAAGUGGAUGCGCGUGACGGCCAAACAGCUGAAGAAGUGCUCGUCCGCCGAGGAGCAGUUCAUUUUCGUUUAGGGUGGAGGUGUGGUGGGAGGGGAGAAGGAGGUAAGAGAGGAUCAUCGGAUGAAAAGUGCAAAGUCCUUUCGAGCAAGGAGGAGGAGGAGGAGGAGGGUUGUGGUGUCACGUGAAAGUGACACUGGAAAUGUGUAUCAUUGACAAUAUUAAGCUUUUCGGAACCGGAGAAAAAGAGCGAAGAACGAACCAAUAUAAAGUCACACGCCAUAAUGGGGAAGCAGCUUUUCAGUGAGGGUUGGAUCGGGAUGAAUGAACAAAUAUAGAAACUAAAACACACAUACAAUUGCGCUCAGUUGCAUAAAAACGAUGAAGAAAAACAUUAUCAAAUUCAAGAUAAAAUAAAAAUAAUAAUAAAAAUUGUGAUAUUUUUUUCAUAUUUUACAAAUUCUAAAUGGCAGAAGCACAGACAAUUUUUUGUCUCAAAAUACCCUCAAAAAACACAUUUUAAAUAUGUUAGACAUUUUCUUAUCGAAAAUCCUAAUUGUCUUAUGUAAAAUCCAAAAUAUAAGUAUAUGCAUUUUUAUCAGAACGAAUAGUUUAUUCAUACAACCUGGUUCAGUAGCGCUGGAUGUUUACUCAACCCCCGCUGGUUGGUCACUUUUUCGUUUGACACUUUUUUAGUUUGUACCCCGUUGGUUGGUCAAAGUCAAACUAAAACGUGACGAACUGUCACUUUUUACACGGCGCUCACGCAAACUAUCAAAACAAACGUUUGGUAAUGUGUGUGAACUCCGUGUAAAAGGGUUGUCAAACUAAAAAGUGACCCCGUUCGUUUAACAACGGUUGGUGUCAAACCAUCGGGGUUUGAAUGUAUACGAAGAGUGUUUAAAAAUCGAAUUUUGCAAGGAAUUGCAUAUAUUUUUUUUACAAUUUCAAAAAAAAUAAUUAAAUUUUUCAGUGAAACGCUUGUUUUUUGAUUUAAUCUGGAGUCCAUUUUUGUUGGUCAAAUCAACAAUCAAAACAGUGGCGAUAAGUAUUACUUUUUUCUGAUGAUAAGUAGACAUUUUUGCAAUAAAACGAUAAGAAAUGUAAGUAUUUCCGCGAGGGAGUUGCAAAACUGUUUUUUUUUCAUUCAAAAAUUAUAACUUAUACAAGAUUUUAAUACUAAUCACUAAAAGGCCGAAGUAAUAUAUUAAAUUUUUUAUGCAACUGAGUGUACCAAACAGGCAGAUUGAAAACGAAAAAAAAAGAAAACUCAAUGUGAAAACAAGUUACACACAGAACAAAAAAAUCCAACACUCAAACACAAGCAUGGAACGAAAGUCGAGAAAACUUGUUAGCUUUAGGACAGGUGACAGUGACAUUUACUGUCACAAGUUUUUAAACCUUUUUAUCCUUUGUUGCCGAAGCAGUGAAAAUUGAAAAUCGAACCGAUCGGUGGGAAGAGAGAGAGAUUUUUUUUUGUUUUCUAAGAUUGUAGGAGAUAAGUAGUGGAAAACUACCCAGCCCAGAGUGGAAGAGACGAAACAUGAAAGCAUCAGAAAUCGAUUUGGGAGCUCGGCUCGGCUUGGCGGAGAUUAUCAAUCACAGUUCACACUAUAUAUAUUUAUUCGUCACUCGUCACAGCACUCGAUGUAACCCCGUAAAGGCGCAAAAAGGUUAGGUUUGAAUAGUGAGUUCCGUUUUCGCGUUUAGAAAGCCACACCUUACAGUAUAUUUUACCACGAUGAUUUCCAAAACUGCCCCGUAAACAGUUCGAGACACCACAAUUGUAAGAAUUUAAAGCAGUGCGUUUUAUAAUAAAAAUUAAGAUACAAAGAGCAAAUCAGUUUAGGAAAGUGCCAUAUCACUGGAAGCAAAAUCGGGCACAUUUCGAGCAGCAGUUACUUACACAUUCAGAGUCAGUAAAUUGGUGAGUCGAAUCCAAAAUAUAAAGCAAAUAGCUAGAACAGAUUAUGGACUCAUCACAAUGAAAUUAAAAAGAAGCAGAAAAGGUUUAUAAAUACACUUAAAUAUGAUUAAUUUAGAAGAAUCAGUACGUAUCAUUAGGAUUAUGUUCAGUCUCGGUUAAAUAUGUACAAUAAUGUUAAAUAUAAAUCGUAAAAGUAA